CCCCCAAAGAAGGUGCAUCGUCAAUGGAGAAAUUACUGAAAAAACUGAGAUACUGAAAAACUCAAUCAGCUCUACAAUGUGCAAUUACACACAUUUCAUAAAUUCGUCGGCCCCGCUUCUCCAAAAGCCCCAACGUCAUAUGUGACGCAACUUCUCACAGCUUUCGAGGACACAGUCUUUGAACUUAUGUACCUCUUUUUGCAACUACGCAAAAACAUUUCUCACUCCCCUUCCUCCCUGCCCUCGGACAAUCCGCAGAGAUUUCUUCUGUGAAAAUGAGUUUGUCAUCACUAGACGCCGUAUUGUCGCUUAUUGCAACCUCUUCCACUUUGGAUCAGGAUUCUGCUAAGGUGCCCCAGUGUCAAGUUUGCAAAAGAAAGUUCGCGAAUCAGAAAACGCUGAGAACGCACAUGAAGCACAUUACGUGUAGGCCUGGACGUUCCAAUGUGGUCAAUCACAAAUUCAGAUGUGAAAAUUGUGAGAAACAAUUCACCAACAAGCCAAACUUGAAGCGUCAUCAAAUAACUCACUCUGGUUCAAAAUCCAAGAAGUGCAGCACUUGCCAGAGAACAUUCUUCAGGGAAGAUCAGCUUCAAAGGCACCUGCACAACCAUCUCAAGGAAAGAUCACAUUUCGACUGUCCCGUGUUGAACUGUUCAAUGCAGUUCGUAUUCUAUGAGGGCGUUGAAAAUCAUCUCGUAAACCAUCACCACUUUUCAUACAGCGAAUCGGCUCCGUGUGGAAAAUGCCACAAGUUAUUCGGGAGUCCUAGGCAUCUCCUGGUACACUACCAUUUUGAUCAUAAAGAGGCUCUGCGCUCUUCGGCUCCUGCUCCCACAAGCUCCGCCAGACUGUCACCUAUCACCGUAUCAACUUCAGGAAGUCCCAGAGCUCAGUUGGCAAUCUCGCCACAAGAGAAGCCGCCUCAAAAAUUGAGCAUAAAUCUAGGAACUUCCCCGAUGAUCGAAGAAUUCUGUGAACAGAACUCGGCAACUCUUCCAAACACUGAUCAACAGCUCUCACCAACUCUAAGCCCCAAUGAGCCAAGGUUUAGAAAUCUAAUUACCAGUGAGCCAACCCCAAGCUUUGAAUGCAAGCACUGCACGAUCAAGUUCCACGAUGCCACAAUGAGCAUCAUGCAUAACGCCCUUCACGCGCCAGGAAGCCCAUUCAAAUGUGCAAUUUGUGGAGCAGAAUGUGGAAAUAAGAUCGUGUUCACCAUGCACAUCAUCACUGCGAGUCAUGAUUUUGGUGGCAUAGGAACUUAA